AUGUCUCGGAUCCCGAAAGAGCAGUGGGAGCGGUUGCAGCUUAUUCUGCAGAACCGUGGCCGCUAUGGAGGCUUUCCUUCUGGUGGAGGUGGCCGCGGAGGAGUGGGUGCCGCAGCUUUGGUUACACUCGGUCUUGGAGCAUACGUUCUAUCAAACUCUCUCUUCAACGUCGAUGGUGGUCACCGCGCAAUCAAAUACUCGCGAAUCGGUGGUGUGAAGAAGGAAAUCUACCCUGAAGGAACCCACUUCGCAUUCCCUUUGAUCGAAACUCCCAUCAUCUACGAUGUCCGAGCGAAGCCGAGAAACAUUGCUUCCCUAACCGGUACCAAGGAUCUACAGAUGGUGAACAUCACUUGCCGUGUCCUGUCAAGGCCUCGAGUGGAUGCUCUUCCUCAGAUCUACCGAACUCUUGGCUCUGAUUUUGAUGAGCGGGUGCUUCCAUCCAUCGUGAAUGAGGUCUUGAAGAGCGUGGUUGCUCAGUUCAACGCCAGUCAGCUGAUUACCCAGCGUGAGAAUGUCGCCAGACUUGUUCGGGAUAACCUCGCUCGUCGAGCGGCCCGCUUCAAUAUUGCUCUAGAUGAUGUUUCCCUUACGCACCUGACGUUCUCCCCCGAAUUCACUGCUGCCGUCGAAGCCAAGCAAGUCGCUCAGCAAGAAGCUCAACGGGCAGCGUUCCUUGUUGACAAGGCCCGUCAAGAGAAACAAGCUUUCAUCGUCCGCGCUCAGGGUGAGGCCCGAUCAGCGGAACUUAUCGGAGACGCGAUCAAGAAGAGCAAGAGCUACAUCGAGCUUCGGAAGAUCGAAAACGCCCGACACAUCGCCCAGAUUCUUCAGGAAAACGGUGGAAGGAACAAACUGUACCUGGACACCGAAGGUCUUGGGUUGAACGUCAAUGCGGGUUCGCCAACCGACAAAUAA